CAUCUUGUGGGAUAAACAUCGCUGGUUGCUUCUCCAUAUUUCCAAGUUAAUACUCAGUAACUUUGUAAGCUGAUUAAGUAAAGAUGGUGUUCACAAGACCUUCAGACAUACCAUUCCCCACAACUUGGCGUCGGUUCUCAUCUGACAAGGGACCUUUAAGGAUCCAGGACUUGACUGAUGAUCUUUUUGAUGAGGCAGUGGAACUCCUGACUCGGUACUUCAUGAGGGAUGAGCCUCCUUGCAAAUAUAUUGGUAUCCAAAACUACCCUUCAGCGAUGAAGGAGCUACAGAAACUCUGGCGGUCUCCCCUCAAGGAGCACCUGUCUCUGGUCUGCGUGGAGGACAAUGAUGACCAGCCUCCGAAGGUCGUUGGAGUCAACGUGCUCACUGUAGUCUGCAAGGAGGAUAAGGAGGAGCCUUUUCAUACGGAAGACAAGAUCUGGGCUCAACUCUUCGGUGCAGUGGACCUGGUAACCAGGUCUGUAGACGUCUUCGAGAGGUACGGCGUGGACAAGUAUCUGACUGCGUACGGGCUGGUGGUGGAUCCGAGCUGGAGAGGCUGCGGGGUUGGGAAGGAGCUGCUGUUGGCUAGGAUUCCACUAUGCAAGGCCCUCAACAUCAAGGUAACAGCGACUGUCUUCACAGCGGGCGCAUCUCAAGCAGUCGCAAAGAAAGCAGGCUUUGUCGAUCUUUUUGAAAUAACGUACGAAGAAUUGGCUAAAAAAGGUUUUGUAUUCCCUGGCAUAGAAAAAGAUACGAAAUCCUCCAAAUUAAUGGCUUUGGCCAUUGAGUAAAGUUUUUAAAACAAUAUUCGGGGUUGCUAUCAGCAUGGAUAUUUAAUUUUCCACAUUUAUGGGGAAUCGUUGAAGUAGUAAAAGCAAUAAAGUGUAUUAUGAUCUCAUUAUGGUACUUGAAACUCUGGUUUACCCACGGGAGAAUGAGAAAAGCUCAUGAGCAGCGUGCGUGGACCGUGCGGCGACCGCGACUUUGCGUAGUAAGCUGCACGAUGUCGCCCUCUGUCGAAGAAGAGUCCCUCUAUGACUCAAGACUUGUAAAGCUUUUCACAUUAUAUCACAUAAGUAAACCAACGUUUUAAAUUAAUUUAGUAUAUGCCAUGAUAACUAUUUAACAAAAGAUCUCAUUAUAAUAGUAUUGUAAUGUAAGUUAUAAGAUAAUAAUAAAAAUGUACCGCUUAAAUUAAACCAAAGA